UCCAUGGCUUCCCAACCCCUCGCCGCGCUUGUGCUCCUGCUCACCGCCUCGCUGCUCGUGGCGGGAGCAGACGCGACCAGCCUCGAGAUCCGCCACCGCUUCUCCGACCGCAUGCGGGAGUGGGCGGAGGCCCAUGGUGUCGCCGGCAUGCGGUGGCCCCAGAAAGGAACCGUUGAGUACUACGCCUCCCUCGCCCGCCACGACCGCGCUCUCCGUGGCCGCUCCCUCGCCUCCAACUUCUCUGAGCUCGCCUUGGCCGACGGCAACGCUACCUUCCUGGAGCAAAACCUGGAAUUCUUGUACUAUGCCGUGGUGGCGUUGGGGACGCCGAAGAAGCAUUUCCUGGUGGCGCUGAACACGGAGAACGGCUGGUUCUGGGUGCCGUGCGACUGCCUGCAGUGUGCUCCCACCUCCAACCCCAUCAAAUAUGGACAAAACGUGACCUUCAACGUCUACAACCCGACCAACUCCUCGACGAGCCGAAGCGUACUCUGCAGCGACAGCAUCUGCGGCAACACCUGCCCUGGAUCGAACGCCACCUGCCCCUACUCCGUCGAUUACCUCUACGUCAACACCUCCUCCUCCGGCACACUGGUCUCCGACACCUUGUACUUGGUCACAGACGACGCCGCUCAGCAACCGGUGAAAGCACCGGUCGUCUUCGGGUGCGGGCGGAACCAGAGCGGCGCGCUGCUCGACACUUUCGCCCCCAACGGCGUGCUGGGGCUCGGCCUCGGGGAGAUGGCCGUCCCCAGCGUCUUGGCAGCCGCCGGACUCGUCCCGGAUUCCUUCUCCCUCUGUUUCGGAGCUGAUGGCGUCGGCAGACUCGAUUUCGGAGACAGAGGCGGCGCCGGGCAACCAAGAACUCCGUUGAACAUGGACGGCAGCUCUUUCUACAACAUCAGCUUCACUGGAAUAGCCGUAGGGAAUCGUUCGACAGCAGCGAGUUUUACUGCCAUCGUCGACUCCGGUGUGGCCUUCACUUACCUGAGCGAUCCAACCUACUCAACACUCACCGAUAGCUUCCAUGCCCAAGUGCAGGACACCCCUCACAAGCCCGACCCAAAUCUUCCCUUCGAGUACUGCUACGAUGUCAGUGGCUCGACUCAAUCACCCAACAUUCCCUCCGUAGAUUUGACGACGGCAGGUGGAAGCAACUUUCCCGUCAAUUACCCUUUAAUUCUCGUGCAGGGGACAACAUACUGCCUCUCUGUGGUGAAGAACGACGGAUUCAAUUUAAUCGGGCAGAACUUCUUGGAAGGACUUCGCGUGGUGUUUGAUCGCGAAAGGUUGAACUUUGGCUGGGAGAAAUCGGAUUGCUACCAAGCUUCCAACUCGGUUGCAGUUCCAGCUUCUGCCCCUGCCCCUGCACCUGCACCUGCACCAGCGCCAGCACCAGCACCAGCGGCAGAUUCUUCUCCGGCGAGCAGUCCCGAUCUUCCUCCGGACAUUGAGGCCCCGGCGGCCAGUCCUCCUCGUAGCGGCGCCUGGCGUUUGAGCACCAUGAGGAGAAGCUUCUUUCUGAUCAUCCUCCUUCUGCUCACCAUGGCCAAGCUCUGACCUGCAACUUGCCAUGAAUGCUUCCAGUCUACUCCUAAUUCUUUUGAUCUCUUUGGUGUCUUAUAUAUAUAUAUA